AUGUGGUAUCUCUCUAUGGUCCAAUACCAUGUGGUCUUUAUCUAUGUGACGCCCCCUGGAGUCCUCACAGUCCCGCAGCAGAGGUCAGAGGUCACCUGUACACUGAGCCUGGAGUCCUCACAGUCCCGCAGCAGAGGUCACCUGUACACUGAGCCUGGAGUCCUCACAGUCCCGCAGCAGAGGUCAGAGGUCACCUGUAUACUGAGCCUGGAGUCCUCACAGUCCCGCAGCAGCGUCCCGCAGCAGAGGUCAGAGGUCACCUGCACACUGAGCCUGGAGUCCCCACAGUCCCGCAGCAGAGGUCAGAGGUCACCUGUACACUUAGCCUGGAGUCCUCACAGUCCCGCAGCAAAGGUCAGAGGUCACCUGUACACUGAGCCUGGAGUCCUCACAGUCCCGCAGCAGAGGUCAGAGGUCACCUGUACACUGAGCCUGGUGUCCUCACAGUCCCGCAGCAGAGAGGUCAGAGGUCACCUGUACACUGAGCCUGGAGUCCUCACAGUCCCGCAGCAGAGGUCAGAGGUCACCUGUACACUGAGCCUGGAGUCCUACCAGUCCCGCAGCAGAGUCCCGCAGCAGAGGUCAGAGGUCACCUGUACACUGAGCCUGGAGUCCUCACAGUCCCGCAGCAGAGAUCAGAGUCCCGCAGCAGAGGUCAGAGGUCACCUGUACACUGAGCCUGGAGUCCUCACAGUCCCGCAGCAGAGGUCAGAGGUCACCUGUACACUGAGCCUGGAGUCCUCACAGUCCCGCAGCAGAGCAGAGGUCAGAGGUCACCUGUACACUGAGCCUGGAGUCCUCACAGUCCCGCAGCAGAGGUCAGAGGUCACCUGUACACUGAGCCUGGAGUCCUCACAGUCCCGCAGCAGAGUGUAG